GUACAUACAAACCGGCCUCUCAUGAACAUCACCGCCGGCGACGUAUCUUGAGAUUGAGCCGCGACAAUGACUUCGAUAGACGUGUCAGCGCAGAGGAGCGCUCUCCUGAGCGACGCCGUCGUCCUGGAGCAUUUACCCACCGAAAUUCUAGAGGUCAUAAGAAAUCACACGGCCUCAAACCUCCUCGACGCCGUCGCGGAGGCCGCUCUUAUCCCCCAACUUACAGAUCGAAUUUUCAUUCACUUUGAGAAUGUCUUUCCCGACAUCUGCGCCCGUUGGCUCCUCAACCCCAGAAAUCAAACCAGCAAUGGCCCCGUCCUUGCUUCUCUUGCAAGGAUACUGUCCUUCGCCCCGUACUUGUCGGAAUUCCUACAACAUGUCAUGAAAGAGGACUUGACCAAGACGCCGCCCCAAGGACCCCAGGCGCUGAACCUCCGAUUCCCCGACCUCACCACUUUCACUCCCGCCCAAGACUCCGACCUCUUGCGGCUUCUGCUGGCCGCAUGGCGGCUGGUCUGUUUCGACCAGAGGACCUACGGUAUCCUGGUCUCACCAACUCACAUGCAGACUCUCUUCACACAUGAGAGCCGCGCCGUCCGGUACUUGGCGAUCCGGAUAUUCAGCCAACUUCUCCGUGCAGCCGACUCGAAAUUGGAAGCUCUCAUCCGCGAGCAUGUUGGGACGAAGGUGGCUAUCCUCGCUGACUUUGACGGGCUCCAAGUAGACUAUGGGUUCCUCAGUCUGUAUGAAGAUGCACGGGUCAAGAAGGUCGCGGCUCUGCGCCGUGAGCUUCGCGAUGCUUCUCAGAGCAAUCAAAUCCAUCCUGUCCCUCCGCAAAGCCUGACCCCCUUCGUUGCGUGCUACGGCAAGACAAUCUUGCCGCGACCGUCCGGACCGGUCGAGAAGAACUCGUCUCUCGUGCUGACGUCCACUACUACCCAAAAUCUCGAGACUCUCGCCCGUCUCCUCAAAAAUGCAAGCCCGAUUCUGCUGCACGGUCUUCCCGGCUCUGGAAAGACAUCGUUAGUCCACGAAAUCGCCAAGGAGUUUGGAAAACAUUCUGAGAUGGUGACAUUACACAUCAAUGAGCAGACAGACGCCAAGAUGCUCAUUGGGCUCUACUCAACAGACUCGAAGCCGGGAACGUUCUCGUGGAGGGCCGGUGUUCUGACGACUGCCGUCAGAGAAGGUCGUUGGGUCCUCAUCGAAGACUUGGACAGGGCGCCGAACGAAGUCAUCAGCACAAUCCUACCCCUGAUCGAACGAGGCGAGCUUCUCAUUCCGAGUAGGGGUGAACGGAUCAAGGCCGCCAACGGAUUCCGCCUUUUCGCCACAGUGAGAAGCUCCCGGGGCAUGCAUGGCCGGGAAACGCUCCCAAACCUACUCGGCAUGCGAUUCUGGCAGCUGCUUUCUGUACACACGCCCACGGAGACCGAGUUGCAGGACAUCGUCGUCGGGUCCUACCCCGUCCUCCACAAAUUUGCCCCAGGGAUUCUCGCCGUUUACCGACGCUUGUCGAAACCGAUGUCUGGAAGCAUGCCCUUCUCAUCCAGCCGUGGUAUGGCUGACCGCCAGAUCAGCUUGCGGGAUCUUCUGCGAUGGUGCAGACGCCUCACAGCCACGCUUUCUGCGGCGGGAUGCACCACUGGCGAAGAGCCUAUUACCGAUACCACCCGGAACUGGAUGUUCAUGGAGGCCGUCGACUGCUUCGUUGCUGGCAUUCCGGACGUUCAAGUCAAGCAACAUCUGAUCUUUGGCAUCGCCGAGGAAAUGCACAUGGCGAAGGAGCUGGUAGAGUACCACUUCGACCAAUACAUUCCUCAGCUGGAGCAAAGCGACAGCCAGUUCAAAAUCGGCCGCGCAAUACUGCGCAAGCGCAAAGAGCGAGUGAACAAGGCUGCCCUCGCUAAGAAGCCGUUUGCUAGCACAACGCAUGCAAAGAAGUUGCUGGAGCAGACCGCCGUCGCCGUGAACCUAGGCGAGCCGAUCCUGCUCGUUGGUGAGACCGGUAUCGGAAAGACGACUGUCGUUCAGCAGUUGGCCGACACCCUGGGUCACAAGCUGGUCGCCAUCAACUUGUCUCAGCAGAGCGAGGCCGGUGAUCUCCUUGGUGGCUUUAAGCCCGUCAACGUAAGGAGUCUGGCCGUUCCCCUGAAAGAGGAAUUCGAGGACUUGUUCUCUGCGACAGGAAUCUCGACAACGAAGAACCAGCGGUACCUCGAGCAGCUCGGAAAGUGUUUCGCCAAGGGACAGUGGGCAAAGUCUGCUAAGCUGUGGCGCGAAGCCCCCAAGAUGUUCAAGAAGAUUAUCGAGGAGCUCACCCGGCGAGAGAGGGAGCAGAGCCAGGCUCGUGACGAGGCAGGCCAGCCGACGAAGCGGCGCAAGACCGAAUCUAAGCUUCAGACCCUCCUUGAGCUCAGCCCCCGGUGGGAUCAGUUUUCUCGCAGUCUCGACCAGUUCGAAGUCCAGCUGUCCGGCGGCUCGACAGCGUUCGCCUUCUCCUUCGUCGAGGGCAAUAUUAUCAAGGCCGCCCGAAAUGGUGACUGGGUGCUCCUCGACGAAAUCAACCUUGCAUCGCCGGACACUCUGGAAAGUAUCGCAGACCUCCUGACGGGACCUGUCGAGACACCUUCCAUCCUGCUGUCGGAGACGGGAGAAAUCGAGAGGAUCAGAGCACACCCGAACUUCCGCAUCUUUGGCGCCAUGAACCCUGCGACAGAUGUGGGAAAACGCGACCUCCCUAUCGGGAUUCGGUCUCGGUUUACCGAGCUCUACGUCGACAGCCCGGACAAGGACAAGAACGACUUGAUCACUAUCGUCAAGACGUAUCUGAGGAACAGCAGCAUCAAAGACGAGGCCGCCACGAACGAUAUCGCGGCGCUGUAUAUGAACACCAAGAGCUACGCCGAGCGCAAGGAGAUUGUUGACGGGGCCAACGAGGUGCCGCAUUUCAGUCUUCGCACCUUGACGCGCGUCUUGACCUAUGUCAACUACAUUGCUCCUUUCUAUGGCAUUCGCCGAUCUUUGUACGAGGGCUUCUCGAUGGGUUUCCUAACCCUUCUCGACAGAGAAUCGGAAAAGCUGAUCAUGCCGCUGAUCGACCACCACUUGUUUGGACGCAUCUCUAAUCCUCAGUCUCUGCUUUCGCAACCACCAAAACAGCCUGACGAUGGCAAGCAGUAUGUGCGGUUCCGUAACAAGGCAAAGGACCGUCACUACUGGCUUGCGCAGGGAGGGGAGACCCCCAAGGAGCGAACAGACUACAUCAUCACGCCCUAUGUGGAGCGCAACUUGCUUAACCUGGUCCGCGCGACGUCCACCCGUCGAUUUCCUAUCCUCAUUCAGGGCCCGACCUCGGCAGGAAAGACGAGUAUGAUCGAGUAUCUGGCAAACUUCACUGGUAACAAGUUUGUGCGCAUCAAUAACCACGAGCAUACUGAUCUGCAGGAGUAUCUGGGCACGUAUGUCUCGGACUCGACAGGAAGACUCCGUUUCCAAGAGGGAUUGCUUGUGCAGGCCAUGCGCCAAGGCCACUGGAUCGUUCUUGACGAGCUGAAUCUUGCCCCGACAGACGUGCUCGAGGCGCUGAACCGUCUUCUCGACGACAACCGAGAGCUUCUGAUCCCGGAGACACAGGAGGUCGUGAGACCGCACGAGAACUUCAUGCUGUUCGCGACCCAGAACCCCCCCGGCCUCUACGGUGGACGAAAGGUGCUUUCACGUGCGUUCCGCAACCGUUUCUUGGAGCUGCACUUCGACGACAUCCCCGAGGACGAACUGGAGUAUAUCUUGCAGAACAGAAGUAUCAACACGGCGCCCUCGGACUGCAAGAGGAUCGUCACGGUCUACAAGGAGCUCUCCCGUCUUCGCCAGACUAGCCGUCUGUUCGAGCAGAAGGACAGUUUCGCCACGCUUCGUGAUCUGUUCCGAUGGGCUUUGCGAGAGGCAGACACUCGCGAGCAGAUCGCGGUCAACGGUUUCAUGUUGCUUGCGGAACGAGUACGAAUCGAGGAGGAGCGCACUGCUGUCAGAGAGGUCAUCGAGAGCGUCUUCAAGGUCAAGAUUGACCCAGAAGUUUUAUACACCGCCAAGUCAUCGCCCAUCUUGAGCCAGCUUCAGGGAAUGUCCAACAACCACGGCGUUGUGUGGACUCGCGCCAUGCGUCGUCUCUAUGUCUUGGUCCACACUGCCAUCCGCAACAACGAGCCCGUUCUUCUUGUGGGCGAGACCGGAUGCGGCAAGACCACUGUCUGUCAGAUUCUUGGGGACGUGCUCGGAAAGGAGCUGCACAUUGUCAACGCCCACCAGAAUACCGAGACGGGAGAUCUUAUCGGUUCUCAGAGACCAGUGAGAAACCGAGGGGCGAUUGCAGACUCGUUGAAGGUCGAUCUGACUUCUCUCCUCGGGGCGCUUGGCGAAGACUCGACAGGCUCAUUGGAUGACCUGCUGCAAAGAUACCACGCCCUUCCGACCGAGACGUUGGCCAAGGUCGACGGCCCCGCGCAAGAAAAGAUCGCGCUGCUGGAGGCUAAGAGCAAAGCCUUGUUUGAAUGGUCUGACGGAAGUCUUGUUCACGCCAUGAAGGCCGGUCAAUUCUUCCUGCUCGACGAAAUCUCCCUGGCCGACGAUUCCGUGUUGGAGCGUCUGAACUCCGUUCUCGAGCCUCAACGAUCUCUUCUCCUCGCAGAGAAGGGCAUUGACAACUCGUUCGUCACCGCGGCCGAUGGUUUCCAGUUCUUCGCGACUAUGAACCCGGGAGGCGACUUCGGCAAGAGAGAACUGUCUCCGGCCCUGAGGAACCGUUUCACCGAGAUCUGGGUCCCGGCCAUGUCUGAAAUGGACGAUAUGCUCGACAUCGUCCUGUCGAAACUCGACCCGGCCUUCAAGUCCUACGGCAAGCCUGUGGUGCAGUUCGCCCACUGGUUCGGGCAAGUUUUCAGGUCUUCAUCCUCUACGGCCUUCUCGAUCCGUGACAUUCUCAUCUGGGUCAACUUCAUCAACCUCUGCGGGCCCUCAUCGCCCCAGUUCGCCGUGGCUCAUGGCGCCGCGACCGUCUUCAUCGACAGCUUGGGCGCCAACCCUUCAGCCUUGCUGGCCAUGGAUCCUAAGGCACUCGAUUCCCAGAGACAGAAAUGUCUCGACAAGCUCAGCGAGCUGCUUGGCUACGACACCACGGCUGUCUACCGAGCACAGCCCGAGGUCACCUUGACCGAAGACAGACUGUCCAUCGGCGAGUUCGGCCUGCCCAGAGAAGCAGCCCGCUCAACGGACCCCACCUUCGCCUUCAAUGCCCCGACUACAAGACUCAAUGCCAUGCGAGUGAUGCGUUCUCUCCAGAUGCGGAAGCCCAUUUUGCUGGAAGGUAGCCCUGGUGUCGGCAAGACGACCCUUGUCGCCGCUCUGGCUCGCGUAUGCGGCCGGCCCCUGACUCGAAUCAACCUGUCAGACCAGACUGAUCUGAUGGACCUGUUCGGUACGGAUAUGCCUGUCGAGGGCGCCGAGGCCGGCAAUUUUGCCUGGCGCGAUGCUCCCUUUCUCCAAGCCAUGCAGAACGGCGAGUGGGUGUUGCUUGACGAGAUGAACUUGGCCUCUCAGUCGGUGCUGGAAGGUCUCAAUGCCUGUCUUGACCAUCGUGGAGAGGUUUACAUCUCCGAGCUGGACCAAGUCUUCAAGAGACAUCCGGAUUUCAGACUAUUUGCUGCGCAGAACCCCCAUCACCAGGGAGGCGGCCGAAAGGGACUUCCGAGCUCCUUCGUGAACAGAUUCAUCGUCGUUUACGCCGACGUCUUCACGGCCGAGGACCUUCUGCUCAUUGCGCAGCACAACUUCCCCAGUAUUCCUACCGACGUUGUCAGCGGCGUCAUUCAGUUCAUCUCUCGCUUGGAUCACCAAGUUGCGAUCGAGAAGGCUUUCGGCUCCCACGGAAGUCCUUGGGAGUUUAACCUGAGAGAUAUCCUCAGAUGGUUGCAUCUCCUGGCGACUACCGACCCUCUCCUGGCGACCGGCAAACCAGAUGAUUUCCUCGACCUCAUUAUCCGCCAGCGUUUUCGGUCUUCUUCAGACCGCGAGGAAGUGAACAAGCUCUUCGCCCAGGUCUUCUCGAGGGACCCGCAAACUCACAGCUUGUACCAUGACACCAACGCGGCGUUUUCUCAAGUCGGCAACGCACUGCUUCCUAGAAACCAGACCUCGCAACCUUUUGCUCUGCCCGGCAUCGACAUUGUCUCUCGACUUCCCGAGAUCGAGUCGCUCAUGGUCUGCAUCAAACAGGACAUUCCGUGCAUUCUUAGCGGUCCGUCUGGCAGCGGAAAGUCGGUACUGCUCGAGCACGUUGCUGCCCUUGUCGGAAAGCCCCUCGUUGUCUUCCCUCUCAAUGCCGACAUCGACACAAUGGAUCUAGUCGGUGGCUUUGAGCAGUCGGACCCCCUCCGUGAGGUAAACGCUUCCCUGAAGGAGCUCUUCGAGGGUCUGCAGACCACAAUCCUGACCCGGGUACCGGGCCAAGUUCCCCCAGAGGCCCUCGCUCUGCUGUAUCUCCUGGAAACCUAUCGCGGAGACACCAAUGGCCUUCCGGCUAUCACGGCAGCAGUCGAGCAAGUUCUCUCUGAGGUUUCCAGGGAGUCGGAAAUUGGCGUGCUCCUCUCCAACGCCUACACCGUUCUACAAAACCCACUGGUGGUCAGCAACCCCCGUUUCGAGUGGCUCGAUGGAGUCAUCGUCAAGGCUCUCGAAACCGGCCAGUGGCUGGUCUUGGACAACGCCAAUCUGUGCAACGCCUCCGUUCUGGACAGACUAAACUCUCUGCUCGAGCCAAACGGUUUUUUGAGCAUCAAUGAACACUGCGGCCCUAACGGAGAGCCGAGAAUCAUCAGACCUCACCCGGAUUUCCGAAUCUUCUUAACGGUCGAUCCGCGCUACGGUGAGCUAUCACGAGCCAUGAGGAACAGAGCCGCCGAGAUCCAUCUCAGCGAGCGGAAGACGCACGCCCUCCAAGAACCUAGCUCGCACGUUCAUGUGGAGAGCAGCUUGCAAAGAUUUUCCACUUCCAGUCGGAUUUCCACGUCUGUCUUGAGCGACAACGACUCCUCAGACGUGAGCAAUAUAACGCUCGAGAACCUUUCCCUUCAGGAUUUGGCUCUCGUGGAUAGAUUCUCGCGCUCCGUCCAACGCGGCUUAACCGAUCUCAGCUCGGCUGGUCUCGACAAGUACCAAAGGAGCUUAAAUGAGCAACUCGGAUUCCUGGAUGCGACGGAGACGGCCGGUCUCCGCGAGGCUAUCUCGCAACUCUAUGCAGCCCUUCCCGGUGCCAACUCGGGCUUCGGAUCUGUGCAGGUAAGAUCAUUCAAGUCGUGGAGAGAAAGAGGAGAGUCAACUGACAGUCAACCCCAGCCCCUGAACCCUCUCCACAACGCCUCUAUUGUACGCGUUUUGCACCAAAGUAAAGAUGAGCUGCCCUUCUGGCUUUCCGUCAGCUACGGGUUUCUCUUGGAGAUCCAGCGAUGCCAAGUCGCGAUCGCCACUCAGGCCACCAGGGCGAAGGCAACGAAACUCGCUUCAUUGAACCGUCUCCAGCGAUCCAUCGUAUCGGACCGCGUCGCAUCUGUCGCGAAGGACUCGACAGUCAGGGUAUCAAAAUUCCUGUCGAGGACUCUCCAGAUCAUCAGAACCUUUAUCCAAGCCAACCUGACGACAUCCCACGGCUGGCAGGAUCGUGCUCGGGUUAUCCGAAACAUGCUGGACUUCUGGUGGCGAACUCUCAACCUUACUACCGAGAACCUCUUUGAGGAAGCACGGUUCCAGGCCCAUUUGAUGCAUGGAGUUGAAUCCGUCCAAACACUCCUUUCGCCUACGACGGAAGCCACAAACAGACAGCUCGCCGAUCGCUACCUUCAGACUGUUGAAGAAGACUUCACAACCGGCUUCCGCCUGACAACUGGCUUGAGCAUGGAAGUCCUGUGGAAGCAGAUCAAGCCGCUCCCCGUCAUGAGCGAGGAAACUCUUACCAAAAGUCAGGAAAUCGAGCAGCUCGGCAAACGUCUCGACGAGCUCAAGUGGAAGGUCAAGGCAUCCAUUACUGAUCUGGCCAGAGCCAUGACAACUCUCGUCAAGGCCGACGAGAUUGUACGAAGCACCAACUCUGACGUGACAGAGCUCAUCCAAGACCUCACGAAGGAGAUCGAGCUUUUGGAAUCCAAGGUCGGUUCGGAGUCCAGCGAGGUCAAGCCGUUCUUCGCGUCGGAGUUUGAGACUCUGAGACAGGCUUCUCUGUUGAGGUCGCAAGCCAUCGCAUAUUUCCAAGGCCUGCCAUACAGCGCCAACGAGACGGAUCUUCUGGUCUUGUCAAGCCAGCAAACCAUCGACCAGAUCCGUCUUGGCAGCUUCGGAGCCAAAGAAGCACAGUAUUUGACCAUCGGCCUGCUCGCUUCCCAGGAUCCUGCCACUCAUGUCUGGAACGGCAAGUUCGCCACGUCCCUCUUAUCAAGACUCAACUCCCUUCAUGCAACGAGUCUGCGCUCACUCGGACUCCUUGAGACCGAAUUGCCUGCCAUGGGUCGAUCCGUUGCUGCUCUGGCCCCGACAAUCCAGAAGAACCAAGUCGCGGCCCUAAACGCGGUUCUCAAGAGGCUCAUCACCACGGUAUUCUCUGUUCAUGGCGGUGAGCAGCACGAGGAGCCCGUCAGUGCAAUCUACGAUCAGGUUAAGCGCGAGUUCGAAGGCGCCACCGUCACGCCCCUGCAGAUACAGCAGCUGGCCGCCCGGUUCGAGGGCACCAUUCCUAGCGACUGGCCCGUUCACGUUCAUCAGAUCGCCCAGCAGCACUUGGUCCCUGCCGUUGUUGCCCUCGCCGUGUCCGACAAGAUCGAGGGCACCAGUCAGCCCCAUAGCGAGGCAGUCAGCGCCCGAAUUGUCGCUGCCUGCUCGGCAGUCGCCUGGGUUGAGUUCUCGGUUAGCGCGAUCAUGCUUUACGUGCCGGACAAGGCUUUCGAUCCGCAACUGCGGCCGCAAUUCGAAAAGGACGUUCACGACGAGCUGACCAAGGGACUUGAACACAAACUCUCGUCACUGUUGGACUUUGAGACUCGCUUCACGGGCCAAAAGACCUCGCUCCGCAUCCAGCUCGUGCAACAAGACAUCGAAGCGCUUGGCCCGGCACCAGCACCGACACAGCUGCUUUACAGACCCGCUCGAUCGGAGCUCGCCAAUGUUCAGACAUCCUUCAACAACGUCCUGGCGACCAUCCUUGGGCAGGACCUGUCGGCUCAUCAUACUGCCUUUGCCCUAUCGGGUUCUCCUGACGCCGUACAAGUUAUCAAUCUCGUCAGGCAGAACCUGGCUCACAUGGUUGAUCGCUUGGCUAACCGUGAUCACCGAGCAAACCACCUCGAUGCUUACCAGGACAUGACACGGCCUCUCGUCAACAUUCUUGGCUGUCUCCAGCUUGGUCUGUCGUUGAGCGACGGGCUCGAGUCCAUCGAACAUCAUAUUGCGGAGAAGACUCUCAUGGACCUAACCCCCUUCAUCGGCGGUAACCCCGAGCACCAUGUCCUCAAGAAGUUCCCGAACAGGAGCCUGGAGUUCCUCGACUACAUUGGGCUAAUUGCAUCCGUUGAGGGAUUGAGGAACCUCAACGCCAGUGUCCGUGAAGCGCUGUUCGAAUGCGUCCACCGGUUCUUCCAAGAAUGGGCCAAGAGGCUCGAGGACGACCGCAAAGCGGAGGAGGCUCGGACGAACCUCUACCGUUUUAAGGGAAGCUUCGAAGACGAGGAGGAGAUGGACGAGCAAGAGUUCAACGAGCUUUUCCCCACGUACGACGAAGAGCAGGACGAGAAGCCCGCCAUCGGACAUCAGAAAGUUCGCGACGUGUCGGUUAGACUGGCCGAGUCUCAUCGCAAGGUCUUCCUGGAGCAGCCGACCCCACCUGAAGCGCUCCAAGAGGUUUGUAAGAAGGUUGGCAAGGGUGUCGCACAGGAGCUCGCGCACAAGUCUGCGGUUCACCAGGGCGUCAACAGCCGAGUGCUCCCCCUUGCACUCUGGUCGGUGGACGAGCAGAUGACAGCGCUUAAAACCAACACCGUCGGCACCACUUACAACUUCUACACCGACUCUAACCUUCCCGAGGUUCGCCGCCUGAUCCCGCUCGUUGACAAGGUGGAGGCUCGCUUCCGUGACUUGCAACAAGUGGACGAAAUCGGCCACAUGCAGCCGUUGGCAGACGUACGAGCCGCUUGCGAGCAGCUCCUCGACCUCACCCACACCGAGCCCCUGGCCAAGAUUCUACCCAAGUUGGAGCAUCUUCACGGUAUCGUCUACGAGUGGCAGCACGGAGGCUACGCUCCAGCCAUCUAUGGAGCGCCGGCCCUCUACACGUCUCUGACAGACACCAUCAUCAGCUGGCGACGACUGGAACUCUCGACCUGGGCCAAGCUCUUCGACAUGGAGGCUCAAAAGUGCUCAGAGGAUGCUGACUCGUGGUUCUUCAUCGCCUACCAGGUCCUCAUUGCCGUUCCCCUGUCUCUUGUCGACUCCCCCGAGCUGAAGGAUUACGCCGUCAACCUGGUGAGGGAGCUCGAGACAUAUUUCUCCACCGCCAUCAUCGGCCAAUUCUCCGCCCGCCUCAGACUGCUAAGACAGUUGCAGAAGCACCUGCAGCUGCUCACCGUCGACUACCCCUCCCUGGCCGUUGUGUCCGACGCGGCACUGAACUUCAUCGACUUCCACUCUCGCUUCGAGAAGGUUGCAAAGGUAGCAAUUGCCAAGGGAAGGGCGCCGUUCGAGAAAACGAUGAAAGAAGUCGUUUUGCUGGCCAGCUGGAAGGACACCAACAUUAAUGCUCUGCGCGAGAGCGCGCGCAAGUCUCAUUUGAAACUUUUCAGACUUGUUCGCAAGUUCCGCGCUGUCCUCGGCCAGCCGAUGAAACCCAUUCUGGAGCAGGGUAUCCCAGACGACGAGGUCCCCAUCACCCAGAUCACAGAUGCUAGAGACAAGGUCCUUCUACAGGCUGGCGGCAGAGACUUGUUCGCCCAUCUCAAGGUUGACGUCAAGGCCGUCAAGGCCUGCAACGUGGCCCUGGAUCAAUGGUUCUAUCAACAUAAGCGUCUGUCCAACACCUCGAAAACGCUUCACACCAUGGUUCAAGUCGCUGCUCGGGCUCACAAUACCCCCCUCGAUGCCACCCAGGAAAUCCUCUCUUACGUGCAAGAUCUCAACGCUUCGAUUGCGGAACUGCGCAAGGAGACCCCCGGCACUUUGACAGACGAAAACAAGGAUCAAGUCAAGAACCUCAAGACGCGCAAGCGCAACCUCUUUGCGGACGUCCUGAAGAUGAUGAGGCAGAUGGGCUUCCGUUACAACCUCGGAACCGAGGAGUUGGCCAAGCAGGAUUCCCUCGCGGUCGUCCUGGCACGUAUGCCCGCCUCUCACAUCCAGGAGAAGGAGAACAGCGCCGACGAUGCCGCCGAGUAUUACUUCCACAAGGUUGUCGACAUUGCGCCCAAGGUCAGAGCCUCCAUACACGAAUACUCGGAAGAGCUCACUGGUGCCGAGAUGUCUAGAAGCACCGGGUUCAUGGAGGGCAUGGUGGCUGUCGUCUUGGGUCAGCACAGCUCUUUGUCUGCUACUCGCAAGGCCAUCGCCUCUCUUGACCGGGCCAUCGCCUCGGUCGCAAGCUUGAGCAGCACAACCAUCGGGCGCAACACCAAUGGAAGCAGCCCGACCAUCACCGUGGACUGGAUGAAGCCCAUUCUGGAUUUCGGAAUCAAGGUUGUCGACAUCCACGGCAAGCUGGCCUCGGUCGAUAAUCAACCUGUACUGGGCCACCUGCAGGCCACCCUGCAGGAAGUGGACGAAUUGUCGAAGCAGUGGCACGCUCUGGCUUCUACUCCUCAGAAAUUCACGACCGAACAGCACGACUCCCUGCGGAAGCGGUCCUUGCUCGCGGAGGAGAACUUCAAGGCACUGAUCCCCGGCCUUGGCCGCUCGGAUCUUGAUUUCGUUCUGAAGCAAAUCACAAGCUGGUUCAGCAUUCAGACCGUCCAAGGCGACCAGGAGGCUCGUGUCGACAUCGACACCACCGCCCAGCGAUUCAACGACACGGUGCCCAACCUUUGCGAUACUGUACUUGUUGCGCUUCAAGAGUACAAGAAGACCAUGGCUGGUCUGCCAAGCUCGUCCGAAGACUCGGGCUGGCUAGCAAAGGCCUCUGCUGUCCGCAUCUCCGGCCUCAACACGCUCUACAUCAAUGCGAUCGUCAGCAAGAUCGAGGCGUGUUUGGCCGCCCUGGAAAGCGUUGACUUGGAGCAACCCAAACUGAGCGCACUUUCUUCGUCGCUCUUGGCCGUUGUUCUCCCUAUCCUUCAGCAAUACGCCUCAAUCUGCCGCCGAGGCUUCGCUGAACUCCAUAGCCUACAUGCUGCUACCGGUUUCAUGGCUCACCAGCUGGCGCGAACCUUUGUUCAGCUCGCUGCCAAGGGCUUCUGCUCUCCUCAAGAGAAGCAAGGCGAGGAGUCUGGCGAAUCAGGCAAACUCGAGUCCGGAACCGGUCUGGGAGACGGCGAUGGAGCGGAGGACAUCAGCAAAGACAUCCAGCCCGAUGAGGAUUUGACAGAGCUUGCCCAGGAGCCGAACAAAGAAAAGGAUGGCGAGAUGGAAGACGAGAAGGACGCCGUCGACAUGGCGGACGAAGAGCUUGAAGGAGAGAUGGGCAGUGUUGGUGGAGACGACGAGGAAGAAAAUUCCGAUGGAGAAGGCGAAGAUGGCAAGGAGGAGAACGAAAUGGAAGAGGAGGUUGGCGAUGUCGACGAUCUCGAUCCCACGGCCGUUGACGAAAAGAUGUGGGACGGAGGAGGCGAUGACGAGGCAGAAAAAGACCAGAAGGGCGACAAGGCCAAGGGGCAGAAGAUGGACGAGCAGAUGGCGGCUGAAGCCGAGGCCAACGCCCAAGAAAGUGAGACGGAGGAUGACAAGCAGAAUGCCGAAAAAGGGGACGAGGAGAUGGAAGAGGAGGAGGAGGAAGAGGAAGAGCCAGGCGCGGAGCAAGAAGACGCGAAGUUUGAGGACGAUCAGGUCAAGCAAGACCAAAAUGUGGAGGAGAACGACGCGCUGGCGAUGCCCGAGGAGAUGGACUUCGACUUCGACGAUGAAGGAGAAGAUGCAGGUUCCGAGGACGAUGAACUCGACAAAUUGUCAGACGUUGAGAAGGACGAGCCUCAACAGCAGCAGCAGGAGUCGGACGUCGAGGACGGAGAGGAAGAGACGCAGCGACCCGAUGAGAAGGGCCCCGAACAUGAAGGAGAGGAAGAAAAGGAGGAGGAGGAAGCGCCAGAGGAAGACCUCGCGGGCGAGCCCGAGGUCGAUAUGGAGCCCAAGGCAGAGGAGGAAGAGCAGCCCAAUCAGCCCGAGGAGCCCGACAACCGCGUGGAACCCCCUCGGGAUGACUCCAAUGCCGACGCCAACGCUGCGCCGAGCGAUGUCAAGGGCGGCGGCCAAGAUCAAGACGCCGACAAGAUGGACGUUGAAAACGACUUCGACACCAACGCUGCCCAGAGGGACGAUGGAGACGCAGGAGACGGGUCCGCGGAGCAGCAAACCAGCGCCGGGAAGAAGGGCCAGCUUUCACGGUCCGACGACCAAGCGCAACCCACCGACCAGGACCAGGAUGACACGCCCGAGACCAGCAGACAGGAUCCUUUCAAGAAGCUCGGCGAUGCCCUUGAGCGUUGGCACCGCCAGCAGAACGACAUCAAGGAUCCCGAGAAGCAGCAGCAGGAAGAGGGCGAGCAGAAGCAGUCGCGGGACGUCGACGCGGAGCUCGGCGCUCGCGAGUUCCAGCACCUCGAGGACGACGAGACUGCGGCCGACGCCCAGGCCAUGGGCAACGCCUCCGAAGAUCAGGUGCAGCCCAUCGACGAGGCGAUGGCCAUUGACGAAGAGAAGGAGGACCCACAGAGCCGAGUGAUGCCCGACGCGGAGGAUGCCGAGAUGGACCAAGACCCCGACAAGAUGGACACGACCGAGGCCCCCGAAGUCCAGGAGAAAGACACCGGUGCCGACAAGGACGACGGCCGGUCCGGCGUCAAGACGCGACAGGGCGCUUUCGAGCGCGAGGCAUCGCCCACUGAGGACGAGGUCCAACGAGCCGAAGAGGACUCGGAAGAUGAGCAAGCCGUUGAGGAAACCUCGACGCAGCUCUCGGCGACCCAUAUCAGCGACGAGCAGCUUCCCCUUCGCGACUUCUCCGAGUCGCUGCGGUCCUGGACGGGGUUCCAGUCCAAGACGCACCCGCUCUCGCUCUCCCUCACCUCUCAGCUCAGGCUCAUCCUCACCCCAUCCCAGUCCACGAAGCUCUCGGGCUCGUACCGCACGGGCAAGCGCCUCAACAUCAAGAAGAUCAUUCCGUACAUCGCGUCCAGCUAUAAGCGCGACAAGAUCUGGAUGCGCCGCGCCAUCCCGACCAAGCGUAGCUACCAGAUCCUCCUCUGCGUCGACGACUCGCGCAGUAUGGGCGAGUCGAGCUCCGGCACGCUGGCCCUCGAGUCCCUCGUCAUGGUCUCGCGCGCGCUGACCAUGCUCGAGGUCGGCCAGGUCGGCGUCCUCGGCUUCGGAGCCGAUACCUUCAUGGCACACGACUUCGCCGAGCCGUUCGCCUCGCACGAUGCGGGAGCCAAGGUCAUGCAGCACUUCAACUUCCAGCAGGACCGCACCGACAUCGCGCUGCUCGUGCGCCGGACCAUCGACCACUUCCGCGCCGCGCGCUUGCAGAACCCGGCCCGCGGCGGCGCCGAGGACCUGUGGCAGCUCGCCCUGAUCCUGUCGGACGGCCUGACGCCGUCUUCGCAGCACGAGCCCAUCCGCCGCCUGCUCCGCGAGGCCAUGGAGGAGCGCAUCAUGAUCGUCUUCAUCGUCAUGGACGACACGGGCAACAAGAAGGGCGACAGCGUCCUGGACCUCAAGGAGGCCAAGUUCGUCAAGGACGAGAGCGGCAACAGCCGCGUCGUUAUCGAGAGGUAUCUCGACACCUUCCCCUUCCAAUACUACCUCAUCGUUCACAACCUCGAGGACUUGCCCGGCGCGCUUGCCGGGUUACUGAGGACCUGGUUCGCCGAGGUUAACUCGUGAA